CAUCCUGAGGUACGUAAGAAACUACGGCGUGCAGUUCACGGCUUUAGGCGUUUGCAUAGCUUGUGUGUAGACAGCGUUCCUUCUUUAACAGGCAUUAACCCUCUGUUCACAAGACAAUUUACCUGUGAUAAAGAAGCAUACUUCACGCAAGGAUAUGCAUCCAGCGACUGCUAAGUGGUACGACAGGAGGGACUCGGUUAUUAUAGAGUUCUGUGUAGCCGACAGCAAAGAUGUUAAAGUGAACUUUGAUAAAACAAAGUUUGGUUUCAGCUGUCUUGGAGGAAAUGACAAUGUCAAACAUGAGAAUGAAGUAGAACUUUUUGAAGCUAUCAAUGAGAAUGAGUCCAAACACAAACGCACAGAUCGUUCGGUGUUGUGUUAUCUACAAAAAGCACAGCCAGGGAAGGCGUGGCCAAGGCUAACGAAAGAUAAGGCUAAGCUGAGUUGGCUCAGUGUCGACUUCAACAACUGGAAAGACUGGGAGGACGACUCGGAUGAGGAGAUGGGCAACUUUGAUCAAUUCUCAGAUAUGAUGAACAACAUGGGGGGUGAAGAUGACCUUCCUGACCUAGACGGUGCAGAUGAUGAUGAAUCUGCAGAUAGUGAUGAUGAGAAAAUGCCAGAUUUGGAGUAGGAGAGUGUCAGACUUUGGAAAGAAGAUGGAAGAACAGGGGACAAGAGGAAUCUAAACAAAUGUAUAUCUUGAAACUGAAGGCAGUGACAAACAGCUGUACAUAUAAGUCAGUAGCCAUAUUUAAAUCCAUAGCCUCAGCUCCAAACUCUUGACCAAUCAGUCUACUUACAGUUGAUUUGCAUGGUAUUGUACAGAGCAGCUAUCUCCACUUCCAUUUGCUGUACUGCACCUUUUUGGCUAGCUUGUUUCACUGUUAAUAAUUACAGCUAAGCACAACUUUAUUUGAUGGGGGAAAAAACUGUAUAGUGGACCGCAACUGAACAAUAUGUGUUAAGAAACUUAAAAUGUAUCAAAUAAUUUGCUUUAAAAUUGAUCUGGCCCAUUUAUAACAAAUGCUGUGUUUAAGUUAGUUUAUCAGUGUAGUUUAUAUCAUGAAUUAAGAACUAGAUGCAUUUUCUUUUUUUUUUUUUUUAAUUUCUAAGAUGCAUUUACUGAUUGAGGUCCUCUGAAGCCUUCCAUGUGCAGUGAGUUAGAUAUCCAGGAAGACAGUCUUUUGUAUCAGUAGCUUAACCUUCCAGCUUGCGUGUUUCCCUUUACUUCAUGUUUAAUGUUUUGUAAAAUUGGAUUAAUCAGAAUUCAUUGCAAAAAUAUUUGCAUCUUCCCAGUAAUCACCUACUGUACUUAUUGAAUUCCACAUAUUUAGUAUCUUAACAGCAACCUGUUCAUACCCCACAUUACAUGCACGUGUUUCACAGCAGAAACAAGGUGAUAUGUUCUGCAGCUGAUGGAGGCUUGAACCUUUUAUUGGGCCUCGGCAUCAUUCGGUUUGUGCUAUCCUCCAGGUUCUUUCCGUGCGUGAGGGAGUGUUGCAACAAAAUGGCGUGAUGACCAAAUCAUAUUUGCACUGUCAAUAAAAUGUAAGGGGAGACGAUGUUCAAUAUCAGUGGAAAUUUUUUUUUAUUACUGUCUACAUCUUUCUAAUAAACUGUUUAAGAAUAA